AUGGCUUCCUUGCACAGGUGGAGACUGAAGGUGUUGGCGUGGGAUCAUGUUAUUUUUUGGAACGAAUUACUUUGUAAUAAUACCCUGCCGGUUGGCGUUAGGGCCCAUCGCUUAUCUUUGACUGAUAGAUCGGUACACCCUGAGGGUCAAGGGAUAUCACCGGCAUCUGCCUACGAGGUCUGUUCUCGAGAGAGAGAAGUGCCUGGGUAUCCAGUCUAUCAUGUCCAGGCCAUUAUAUACCUUGAUAGAAGCUCGUUUAGCUACACGAUUCGAGAAGGCGGCAAUGAUCGCUAUAGCCUAGAUCUACGUGCCUCAUCUCCGAGUGAAAGAGAAUCAAUUGUCAGACUAGGUGUCCUGAAGACUGAAUUUCAUGAUCAUGGUCAAGGUGCCAGGCCGGGCCGGUGUCACUGUAAACUAAUGCAAGGCUCGUACGAAGCAGAUGGUAACCGCAUUAAUGUGCCCCAGGGAACAUGGAGUAAUUCGUAUGUGGCUGGUCAAUGUUGA